GCCUCCGCCGACGAGACGACGACGACCGAGAAGCCAACGCCCGUGCUCUCGUCCAAGGCGCUCGCGAAGUCGAAGCGCGCGCAGGAGAAGCGCGGCAUCGUGUACCUGGGGUCGAUACCGCCGCGGAUGAAGCCGCAGAAGCUGAGGCAGCUCCUCACGCCGCACGGCGCGUUGGACCGCAUCUUUCUCACGCCCGAAGAUCCCGCGAUCCGCGCGCGGCGGAAGCAGGCGCGUUCUUUUGGCGGCAACACGGGGAAAAACUACACCGAGGGGUGGAUCGAGUUCCGAUCGAAGAAGAAGGCGCGCGCCGCCGCGGAGAUGCUCAACGGCAACCCGAUCGGGGGCAAGCGCCGCGGGAGCCACUACAGCGACCUGUGGUGCAUGAAGUACCUCCCGAAGUUCAAGUGGGAUAACCUGACGGAGGAGAUCGAGUACCAAAAGGCGCUCAGGCGCCAAAAGAUGCGGCUGGAGCUGGCGGUUGCGAAACGCGAGCGCGACUUCUACCUGCAGAAGGUGGAACAGGCGAAG